AUGAAUUCUUCUUCUUCUACAGGUGUUCCUGACAUGAACUAUCAUGUUUUUCUUAGUUUUAGAGGUGAGGAUACUCGUGAAAGUUUUACUAGUCAUCUCUACGGAGCAUUGUGUUCGAAAAAGGUCACAACUUACAUCGACAACCAGCUUAUAAGAGGAGAAGAAAUCUCCCUUUCACUUUUCAAAGCAAUCGAAGAAUCAAAGAUUUCGGUUAUAAUUUUCUCAAAAGGCUAUGCAGCUUCCAAAUGGUGCCUUCAAGAACUUGUAAAGAUCCUUGAAUGCAAGAAAGUGUAUGGUCAAAUUGUAAUACCCGUUUUCUAUAACGUAGAUCCUUCACAUGUAAGGAAUCAAACUGGAAAUUUUGGAGAUGCAUUUGCUGAGCUUGUCGAGCGGUUUAAGGAGAGCUUAGAGAUGGUACAACAAUGGAAGAUUGCUUUGAGGGAAGCAGCCAACUUAUCUGGCUGGGAUUCAAAUGUUAUUCGGCAUGAAUCUCUUCUUAUAGAGAAAAUCGUCCAAGACAUUUUGAAGAGGCUGAAUGAUAUGUCUCCUGAUGAUAAUAAUGAUUUGGUUGGGGUAAAAUCAAGCAUUGAGAAAAUCGAAUCAUUGUUAUGCAUUGGAUUAAAUGAAGUUCGUGUUAUAGGAAUUUGGGGCAUUGGCGGUAUAGGUAAAACAACAAUUGCUGCUGCCAUAUUCAAUAAAAUCUCAUGUCAUUUUGAAAGUUCAUACUUUGCUGAAAAUGUUAGGGAAGAGUUGGAGAAUCCUAAUGGACUAUCUCACUUGCGGCAAGAACUUCUUUCAACUAUAUUAGAGGAUAAGAAUAUAUGCAUUGGUACUCCUAAUAUAGGUAAUAAUUUUAUAAAAUCUAGGCUUCGUGCUAAGAAAGUUUUGAUUGUUUUUGAUGAUGUGAUGUGCUCAGAGCAAAUUUCAGGAUUAAUCGGAGAUCUUAAAUGCUUGAAUUUAGGAAGUCGAGUCAUCAUAACUACUAGGGAUAAGCAAGUGCUUCAGAAUUGCGGAGUGAAUCAAAUACAUAAAGUUUCGGGAUUAUCUAAUGAUGAUGCUCUAAAGCUUUUUUGUCGAUAUGCCUUUAGACAAAACCAUCCCUUGGUAGGUUAUACAAAACUAUCAAAUAGGGUAGUAACAUAUGCUAAAGGUGUUCCGUUGGCUCUUAGGGUUCUAGGUUCCCUUCUACUUGGUAGAGGGAAAAUAGAUUGGGAAAGUGCAGUGGUUAAAAUGGAAAACAUUCCUCAUAAGAAUAUCCAAAAGGUUCUAAAAAUAAGUUACAAUGGACUAGAUGAUGAAGAGAAGAAUAUAUUUUUGGAUAUUGCAUGUUUCUUUAAAGGGUGGGAUAGCUGCCUUGUAAAAGAAAUCUUGGACGCCAGUGGUUUUUCUGCACAAAUUGGAAUGAGGGUUCUCAUUGAUAAGUCUCUCAUAAAUAUAUCAAAAUACAUGAUUACAAUGCAUGACCUCCUUCAAGAAAUGGGUAGAGAAAUCGUUCGACAGGAAUCUGUUAAUGAUCCUGGUAAAUGUAGUCGAUUGUGGAAUCAUAAAGAUAUCUACCAUGUCUUGACAAAAAAUACGGGAACAAAAGCAAUUCAGGGUAUAUGCUUGGACAUGUCUAAAAUAAAUAAUAUGCACUUAAAGAGUCGUGUCUUCACAAAGAUGCAUAACCUGAGAUUCUUGAAACUAUACAACUCCAAUUACCAAGAGAGAAAUAUUAAGGUGCAUAAUUUCCAAGGUCUUGGCUCUAUUUUCACUGAGCUAAGGUAUCUCUAUUGGGAUGGAUAUGCAAUGAAAUCAUUGCCAUCAAAUUUUUAUCGAGAGAAUCUUGUUGCACUUGACAUGCCUCGCAGCAAUGUUCAACAACUAUGGAAUGGUGUUCAGCAUCUUGCUAAGUUGAAACAUUUCAACCUUAGUUACUCAAAGAACUUAAAGAAGCUCCCAAAUCUCUCUAAAGCCCCCGAUCUUCAGAGAUUGAUUCUAGAUGGUUGUACAAGUUUACUUGAGAUGACUUCCUCUAUCCAGAAUCUCAAGAAGCUUGUUAUCCUAAAUUUAAAAAAUUGCAAAAGUCUUGACAGUCUUCCAACUAGCCUUCAUUCAAAAGCUCUAAGAGAUGUUAUUUUCUCUGGUUGCUCAAAUCUCAAGACUGCUCCAACUAUCUCAUGCAAUGUGGAAAGCUUAUAUCUGGAUGGAACUGCUAUAAAAGAAUUACCCGUAAUCCAACAUCCAUCAAGACUAGAGAUAUUAGAUCUUGAAAAUUGUUUAAGGCUUGAAAGUCUUCCAAACAACAUUUGUAAGUUGAAAUCUCUUAAAUAUCUUACUCUUUCUUGUUGCUCAAAGCUUGAAAAAUUACCUGAUGAAAUAGGAAGUUUAGAAGCUCUGUCAGAACUCAAAGCUGUGGAAACUGCCAUAAUAAAAUUACCAUCAUCCAUUGUGCAUUUGAACAAACUUCUUGGAUUGUACUUAUGGGGAUGUAAGGGUCAAGAGUUGGUGGGUUUGGAAUUGCCUCCUUUGUUAGGUAUGCGUUCUCUAAGAAUUCUAGAUCUAACUGAUUGCCAAAUCACAAAGUUACCUGACAAUUUGUAUUGGCUAUCCUCUUUGGAAGAGUUAUAUCUAGCCAGAAACAAUUUUGAGAGCAUACCAGAGAGCAUCAUAGACCUUUCUAAUCUGUCAUUUCUGGAGUUAAGCUUCUGCGAAACGCUUCAAUCUUUACCUGAGCUUCCAAGGGUUCUAGAUAUGCAAGUACAUAGCUGCCCCUCAUUAGAACUAUUACCAGAUUUAUCAUUUUUGUUCUCACCUUUAUCGAGUGAACAGAAAGUUAACCUUGCCAAUUGUUUCAAAUUGGAUUUGAAGGCGCUCGGAGAAAAUGUGAAAGAUGCUCUAGCAAAAAUUCAUUUCAAGGAAUUUUAUCAAGCCGUCAGAGCGACUAUUUGUUUCCCUGGAAAUGACAUUCCAGAGUGGUUCAACUUUCAAAGCACAAGAUCUUCUAUAACUCUCGAGCUGCCACCAGGUUGGAUCAGUGAAAACUUUCUUGGAUUUGCUAUGUGUGUUGUAUUAUCAUUUCCAGACCAUCACAUUGUUGGCAAGGAUUUCUAUGUUCGUUGUGAGUGCAAGACCAAAACAAAAGAUGGAGAGUUGAAAACCAUCUUUGGUCAUUUGUAUGCUUGGGACAUGUUUUAUGGUGGAUCGCCUGACUAUGUCAAAUCAGAUCAUGUAUUCCUUACUUGGGAGCCACGGGAUGUAUGGAAAGCGAUAGAUGACUGCUAUGUUGAGUUGCAUGACAUUGAUAAAGCAACCUUUGAAUUCCUUGUUGAGGAUUUUGAAUGUGAGGUGAAAAAAUGUGGCAUGCAUUUAUUGUAUGCCCAAGAUUUUGGGGAAUCAAGUGGAACCGAAAGUUUUAACUUUGAUACUGAAGAGGAAGAUGCCCCACCGCCCUCCAAGAGGUUGAAAGUCUACAACUAAAAAUAAAUUAUGCACAAGAGCAAGCCCAAUGAUGUCUUUAAUUAUAUCUCAUUGUAUCAUAAUUACGUCUUACUAUAAAGAAUAAUUUGAUAUUUAUUUCUUGAAAUUUGAUUGAAUUGACGAGGAAAAGUGUUCCUUUCCAUAAUCUUGUGAUAUG